AUGAUUAACAUAGCUGAUCAUCAACCUGUAUGCAGUUCGCAAAUCGGGGAAGGGGCUCACGCCCACCGUGGGAGGCCGGUGUUCGUGGACAGCCGGCGUGGGUGCGAGGGGGCGGGUGGCAAGCGGGAGCCAGUGAAGGAGAAAGAGGAGGAGAAGAAGCGGGAGGCCGCGAGGCAGAUGCUUCGUGACCUCCCCCUGGAGGCGGCAGCUGCCGACAGAAAGCAACUCCUCUGGAAAGAGGAGAGGAUUUCGAUCCUAGAGGAGGCUAUGAUGGCGAAACUCCGCCAGGGACGUUCGUCUGAGCCUGCCGGUGACCCUGCUUCUGCCAAUUCUGCUGCUCAGCCAGCUUCUCUCUCUGAAACGGAAGGGGGAAAUACCCAGCAGGACGAUGAGCCAUUGCUUAUUGACCUUGAGGGGAAUUGGAAGGAGUCUGAGGCUCCUGCGGAAGACACUAUGAUGGAAGAGGCGUGA